AUGGAUUACUCUUACUUGAAUCAGGCCUCGUUCGAUUCCAGCUGCCUCCAAGGGGCCGGUAUGGAUCCAACGGGACUUGGUAAUAUGCCGUGCUCCUAUGGAGAUCUGACUUCUUGCAGUCAGAUGUCUCAGGCCGCUUAUCGGUACACGGCGGCCGCGGCUUCAAUGGCCAGGUCGUAUAAUCCGACGGCCGCUGGCCCGAUGGGAGUCCACCAUACACCUGGUGGGUCGCAAUGUGCGGUCAUGGGUGCUAGGCCUCACGUGCAAGACGUCCACAGGGCGGGAAUGUUCCCCUCGUCCAUGAACCUUCAGAGUGGCUUGCCGUACAAAGUGUAUCCGGGCCACGACGGGGUACUCACCGAAAAAAGGAAACAGAGAAGAAUCAGAACGACCUUCACCUCCGCCCAGUUAAAAGAAUUGGAACGCGCUUUCCAAGAAACCCAUUACCCUGAUAUUUACACGAGAGAAGAGAUCGCAAUGAAAAUAGAUCUAACGGAAGCAAGAGUGCAGGUAUGGUUCCAAAACAGAAGGGCCAAAUUUCGUAAACAGGAACGUUUAGCACAACAAAAAGCGUCGAAUCAAAGUCAAGCAAACAACAGUGCGGAUAGUCCGAAUCCGCCAUCGAUCAAAGCGGAAGGAGUCAGUAGUGGUUCGAAAUCCGCCCAAGGACUUCAAAAGGACGUCAAGCCCGGAUCACCACAUUCGAGCAUCUCGACAACCCCCAACUCCAAUACGAGUAGCCUAUCCAGCCACCAUUCCUCGAAUGGCAUUGACAUCAAACCUGUUAGUAAUGGCAAACUGUCAGACGAUACAAUAUCGAACAACAACAAAUGGUCGGCUAUGAGUCCCCAAACUUGUAAUACCGCCCUUUUGGUCCAUCAAGCCAACAAGGUGCUGUCGUCCCAACCGAGUCACCUACAAAGCCACCAUGCGGCGGCCGCAGCAGCUCUAUCUUCGCCGUUCACAUCGUUACUGGGUUCUGGAGGAGCCGCCUCUUACUUGUUGGGUGACCACCUGAAACCCAAUUCCGCAAAUCAUUUAUUUUAAAGUUAGCAAUUUAAACGGAACAUUGGAACUUGUACCACGGUGAAAGCGUACGCGACGAAGUUCUCCAAGUCACGUGCAAAUACCACGCUACCAAUUUAUCCCCACCACUGGUAU